CAACACAAGUAAGCAUUAACUUCUAUAAAUCUGCAAUGAUUUUUCCGUGCGUCAUUGCGUCUUAGGGUCUUGCGUUGAAGGACAAUCGUUCUUGGACUUCCUUUUACAGGUUUACAGGAGCUACCAACAAUGUCCAAGACACUGAAGAAGAAGAAGCACUGGUCCACGAAAGUGCAGGAGUGCAGCGUGUCGUGGGGAGGUUCCGGGGAGUUGGUCACCGUGGUUGAGGUGCGUGGCGGUGCUGAGCUUGGAGAGUUCCCCCACCUCGGACACUUCGUUUCUGAGGCGAUGGUUUGUCACGCCGGGAGGUUUCCCAGCAGCGGGGACGUGCUCCUGGAGGUGAACGGCACUCCAGUGAGCGGACUCACCAACCGAGACACACUGGCUGUCGUCCGUCACUUUCGAGAGCCCAUCCGCCUGAAGACUGUGAAACCAGGUAAGGUGUUGAAUACUGAUUUGCGUCACUACCUCAGUCUGCAGUUCCAGAAGGGCUCCCUGGACCAUAAGCUCCAGCAGGUGAUCCGGGACAACCUGUACCUACGCACCAUUCCCUGUACCACUCGGCAGCCCAGAGAGGGGGAAGUUCCUGGAGUGGACUACAAUUUCAUCAGUGUGGGGGAGUUUCGUGAACUGGAAGAAAGUGGACUGCUGCUGGAGAGCGGCACCUACGAUGGCAAUUAUUAUGGCACUCCUAAGCCUCCUGCAGAGCCCAGUCCUGUGCAGCCUGAUUUGGUGGACCAGGUUCUGUUUGAUGAGGAAUUUGACAGCGAAGUCCAACGAAAACGCACAACCUCGGUCAGUAAGAUGGACAGAAAGGACAGUGCAGCCCCAGAAGAAGAAGAGGAAGAGGAGAGGCCUCCUAUGGUCAACGGCCUAGCUGAGCACAAGGACAAGGCAGAGUGGAGGAAGACGGUGCCCAGCUACAACCAGUCAGCCGGGGCCAUGGACCUGCGUACGUGGAACACGUUGACUCCGGAUGAAAGUCAGGAGCCCUUGCCUAAAAACUGGGAGAUGGCCUAUACAGAGACUGGCAUGGUCUAUUUCAUAGAUCACAACAGCAAGACCACUACCUGGCUGGACCCCCGCCUUGCCAAAAAGGCCAAGCCUCCUGAGAAAUGUGACGAAGGAGAGCUGCCCUACGGCUGGGAGAAGAUUGAGGACCCCCAGUAUGGAACCUACUACGUGGACCACAUCAACCAGAAGACACAGUUUGAGAAUCCAGUACUGGAAGCAAAGAGAAAGUUGAGUGUGGACUUGCCCACCGCAGUAUCGCCACCGGCAGCCACGCCCUCAGCAGAGGAGGUUGGUAGGGGAUUGCGGGGCUUCACGCGAGAUCCAUCUCAACUGCAGGGCUCCAUCCUACAGACAGCACUUAGAAAAAGCCCACAGGGCUUUGGGUUCACCAUCAUUGGAGGAGACCGACCCGAUGAGUUUCUUCAGGUCAAAAACGUCCUUCCAGAUGGGCCUGCUGCACAUGACAACAAGAUAGCCUCAGGUGAUGUGAUUGUAGACAUCAAUGGGGCAUGUGUGCUGGGGAAGACUCAUGCUGAUGUGGUGCAGAUGUUUCAGUCCAUCCCGAUCAACCAAUAUGUGGACAUGGUCCUGUGCCGGGGCUACCCCUUGCCUGAGGACUCCAGCAGCAGUGAGGAGGCCUCAGGUGGCGUCGGCACCUCCAAGGACACUUCCCCGACACCCUCCACCUCCACGCCACAGGAACCCCAUUACACAAUCCCAGAUGGAGGAACCCUCUCCAGGCAGACUGCUGCAGUGCCUCCCAUGACCAAUGGAGGGCGCCACCACCACCAUCCUCACUCCCACCAACACCAUCACCACCUUCCUCACGCCCACAACCAAGAAGGCCCUGACCCCACUCUGUUGCAGCCAGAGCUUGUGAGUGUGCCCUUGGUGAAAGGUCCCGGAGGUUUUGGAUUUGCCAUUGCAGAUUGCCCUCUGGGCCAAAAGGUGAAGAUGAUCCUGGAUGCCCAGUGGUGCCGCGGCUUGCUGAAGGGUGACGUAAUCAAGGAGAUCAACAGACAAAAUGUCCAGACGUUGAGCCACUCCCAAGUUGUGGACAUCCUCAAAGAUCUGCCUGUAGGCAGUGAGGUUAACGUGCUGGUGCUUAGAGGAGGCCAGACAUCUCCUGUGAAAUCCCUAAAGCCGUGCACAGCUCCUAUGUCCCAAGCCCUAUCCCAGCCUGCUCCUCAACAGAUGCCCCAUCCCUGUUCCCAGCCCAUAACACAGCCUCAGCGACAGGACAUCAUCAACAACACAGAGGGCCUAGGUCACUCGGAAAUGCCCCCCAAUCCACUCCCCUUCUCUGCCAACACACUACGCUCGUCUUCACCCAAACCGGACGCAACUGAGCUCUACCUCAAGUCCAGGGCCAUGUUGGACAGCAAGCCUCCUAACACUAAGGACCUGGACGUUUUCAUCAAAAGAAACCAGGAGUCAGGCUUUGGCUUCAGAGUCCUUGGAGGCGAGGGGCCGGAUCAGCCAGUGUACAUUGGUGCCAUCGUGCCACUCGGUGCAGCUGAGAAGGACGGGCGCUUGCGGGCAGGGGAUGAGCUGCUUUGUAUAGAUGGCGUGGCAGUAAAGGGCAAAUCCCACAAACAGGUGCUGGAGCUGAUGACCAACGCUGCCCGUAAUGGUCAAGUCAUGCUCACAGUCCGCAGGAAACUCUCUCACAUAGAUAACAGUGAGGAGGAGAGCAGCCAGCAGCCGCAGCAUGUAGCAUCCGCCCUGGUCAACAGCUCUCCCAAGAUGCCUCGCAUCGAGGUGCCGAACUCUGUCUCACCCUCCCAGCCGUCUCGGCCGGAGUGCUUUGAUGUUACUCUGCAGCGAAAAGACAACGAGGGCUUCGGAUUUGUUAUCCUCACUUCGAAGAACAAGCCUCCACCUGGAGUAAUACCUCACAAGAUUGGCCGUAUUAUUGAGGGCAGCCCCACAGACCGUAUAGGUCAGAUGAAGGUGGGGGACCGUAUCUCUGCUGUCAACGGUCGGUCCAUCAUGGAGCUGUCGCACAACGACAUCGUUCAGCUCAUCAAGGAAGCCGGAAAUUCUGUCACACUCACUGUUGUGCCUGAAGAUGACAGCACUCCUCCAUCUGGAACAAAUUCAGCCAAGCAGAGUCCUUCAGCACAACACAGAGCUGUGGGCCAACAGCCUCCCAGCUACUCAGACAGGAAUGGUGACUCUCUCCCACCAAUUGAGAUGGCAACACUUAUCACGUCAGGCCCUAAGCAGGGCUGUUUUGUGGUGGAGCUGGAACGCAGCCAGCGGGGCUUCGGCUUCAGUCUGAGAGGAGGGAAAGAGUAUAACAUGGGCCUGUUCAUCCUUCGCCUGGCUGAAGAUGGACCUGCUCUUAAAGAUGGCAGGAUACAUGUUGGAGAUCAGAUAGUGGAGAUCAACGGCGAGGCCACCCAGGGCAUCACACACACUCGGGCAAUUGAACUGAUCCAAGCAGGAGGCAGCAAAGUUCAUCUGCUGCUCCGACCUGGCCAGGGCUUAGUCCCUGAUCACAGUUCAAAGGACAAAGUAACCAUUUCAACCUCAAGCUUUCCCAAACUUUCUGUAUCUGACGGGCAGUCAUCUCCAGCAUCUCCAUCAUCUGUCUCCCUCUCUACCUCGGAACUGUCCCCUUCUUCACCCAAAAUAACCGCCCCUGAUGAGUUUUCCGGUGGGGACCCCAGGGCAACUGGGUCCCAUGUCGCUGGACAGGAGCCCGCACAGCAAGCUAACAGAUCAAGAGGACAACAGCUCUCCCACCACAACCAUAAGCGUACCACCAGCCCCAGCACCCAGACCAGAAAAACAAGCAGGAGUGACUCCAAGUCUGCUAGUCCCAAGAGAGGCACUGAAGGCUGGGCAGAUCACGUAGAGCGCUCCCACAGCCCCAGAAAAACAGAGAGAAGUCACAGUGGAUCAUUGGAGGACAUGAGCAGGGAUAGAAAAGCCCAUGGGCAGAGAGACUACCACUCCUCUAGCCCCAGGAAGAACUCCAAGAGAGAACAUGACCCUGCUGUGCCUUCGAAGAAACUGGAGGAGCCCCAGAGCCCCAGACGUCCAGCUGGUCAACAGCCCCCAGUUUCCUCUGGCGAUGGUAAAGACUGGAGAUACAAGGAUGAGGAUGCAGCCUAUUGGCAGGAGAGGGGGGCUACAGAGAGUGGAGACAAAAUCUGGGGGACCAGUGAUCGCCACAAGAAGGGAAGAAGGGCUGAACAAGAGGCAAUGGCACAAAAAUCCUAUUCCCAAAUGCACAGGGAGAGGUCAGGGUCGGAUGCUGAUAGCGGCACCCUGAGCCGGAGGAGUGGAAGAGACAAAGGAGAUAAGGAAUAUCGGGAGAGUAAGUACCACGGGCCAGGUGAAGAAGUUAAUAGGAAGGACCCCAGAGGUUCAAGCAGUAGCAUCCAGGACCCCAGCUGCAAUGGGACAGCUACCAACAAGAAAGCUGCCAUCACUCCUGGCCCAUGGAAAGUUCCCAGCUCUGCCAAGAUCCAGUCCCACGUGGACCCAGCAUAUGAGGGUAUCUGACAUCCUCCCCGAACUCUCCAUAUAUGUUAAAAGAAACCUGAGCCUUUGAGAAAUGGACAGUCUGAAUGGAAGGAUUUUUUUUUAGCAAUUUCGGACAAAGCAGAUCACUGUGUAACCAGCAACAUAGCUUCUCACUGCUUCAGAUUUUUUUUUUCACCCAGUUUGCCUCCAGUCAGUUUGCAUCAAGCUACUGAUGUUUGAUCUGACAUGCAUGCUCAUACCUACAUGAGUAUUUGUACGAUGAUGUGUGGACAUGAGUGUGUGACAGGUGUUUCUGAGUGUGAUUUUUUUUUUUUUUUGGAUGUGACACUGAAGUCUAUUUUGUGCCAAUCAGAGACUCCGGUUAUAAAGAAGCUGCUCCAUAUUGCACUCACUGUGAGACUGUUUGUGGGCAAUAAGGGUGAACUGCUCUCACCUUCUACCCACCUCAAUGAAGGAUCCUGCUUUUUUAUUUUUUUUGGUCACUUUGAAGGUUUAAGGCACAUUCAUGCAGUCACGUAGCUUUUUCUUCCUGGAAAAAUGGAUUCACUCUUGUUGUCACUGAUGAUAUGGAUGUAUUAUAAGGCUGAAAAGGUGACAGAGUGUCUUCUAAUUUGUUUACUGUCUUCUUUUUUUUGAGAGAGAGAGCGAGAGAGAGAGAGAGAGCCCGACCAGAGUUGUGAACUGUAUGUGUGUGAAUGCGUUCAUACACGUGAAGACUCUGAAACACUCUGAUCCCCAUUAGCUUAUCAGAGGGUGGACAGACUACCUUGGAGCUUUAUAUGCAUCAAUCAGCAGACCAGAUACUUGUGGUUAUAGUUCUAAUGUUUGUUACAUGUGUGUUAAUAAUAAAAGCAUAAUGUAAUUUAUUGAAAUUGUAUGUAAAGAAAAACUGUUAGUACACAUAUCCAUGCUGACUCAUUUCACUUUUGAUGUGGACUUAUAGAAAGAAAUAGAAUGUGUAGAUAAGCAUCACAAUAUAAUAUACUUUGUUCAAUGUGGUGACUGGUCAGACAUACUGCUGUUUCUCACUGUAAUAUCUAACACAUCAUACAGUACAACACUAAACUAUAGGAACUGCACAAUCUAUACAUUCUAUUUCUAAGAUUUCAUGCUCUGUGAAUGGUCAAGCGAGCCUGAUUCAUAAUGUUGUCUACUGUUAUCAGCUCUGUAUUUUAGGUCCUCUGGCUAUGUGUGUAUGUGUACAAACAGACUGGUAGGCCUAUGUAUUUUUAGAUAUUGCUGUAGCAUUGACUCUACUUAAUCUGAAGCAUUAUUUAACAAAGUGAUUACACAUAUAUUGACACAUAUUUUAGAUGAGUUGGAUUAACAGAGCUUGAUUGUAAGAUGUGAGACCUCUGCCUUCAACUUAUUAAUACUUUAAGAGAUGCUUGUAUUUUUUAUCACCAUAAAUGUAGGCACAAAAACAUAUUGUUUUUCUCCUUAUUCUAACCUCCAAAUCUAUUUUUGAUCAAAUGUUUUAUUUAAUCCAUGCACCCUAUAUGUGAGAAAAAAAAUAGUAUGUAUAUUUUUGACUUUGUUAGUCAUUAACAUCAUGCCUGUCACUUUUGUGAUUAUAAAUAAAGCCAGGCUCCCAAAGAAUGCAAUUAUUUUUCCACUCAAAGAGGGAAGUCAUUAUAGCGUGUUGCCCUUUGGCAGUUGCACAUAGUGCAUGGCGAGAAAAUGACUUUAACAGCUGCUUCUUAGGGAGUCUGAUUUGAAAUUACACUAUAAAGUUUUGGGGGAAUUUAUUGGGAUCUGUUUCUGUGUUCUGCUCUGAAGACAAAUUUUUUUCGUGUUGUUUCAAUGUUGCUACUGUGGAGUACAGAGACAUCUAGUGGCUCAUAUUGUACACUGCUAUUCACAAACUAGUCAUUGCUUGAAGUGUAUCCUCAUCAGCCUGCCUGUUUAAGGAUGUGCAGAAGUAAUACGUGCAUCUCUUGGUCUGUGAGAUCAAUUAUUAAUUUAUUGUUCACUUUAUUGUUGAUACGAUGGGCUACUGUAUUAUUUACUGUUCAUGCCAUUACCAUGUAUGAUACUGUGGCCUUGCAUUGCUCCAACAUAUAUUAAAAAAAAAAUCUUUUAGUUUUGACAUCAUGGUAGUUGUAAAUGUUUAUAAAUUGUACAGCACCUGUAUAAAUAUUUGCCUUCAUGCAGAAAAAAAAAUCCUCUGUAAAUCGUUUCAUUAUUUUUUUAAGGGAGCUGAGAAGGAAGAGAUAUAAAAAUGGGUGAAAAGAAAUACUCUUGUCAUGGCAUUCUGUUCAUGCACUGAUAAAUAAAGGUUUA